UUGCUAUUUGUUUUUCUUCACUUAAAUAUCUUUCUGAUUGAAAAUUAGCUAUACGAUUGCAUACUUUUCGAAUUCCUAACUAUUUGGUUAACUUAUUAGAUUCUGGGUAUCCCAACUCUGCGUUACUUGCAAGGUCAUGCAGAGUAUUAUUGAAGAAAAGCUUGGUUCACUAAAUCCAAUUCAUUUGGAAGUUGUUGAUUUUUCAGAUGGAUGUGGCUUAAAAUUCAACAUCAACAUUGUGUCUAAAGAAUUUGAAGGCAAAUCCCUUGUAGAAAGGCAUAGACUUGUCCAUAAGCAGCUGGAUGAUGAAAUGAAGUCGAUACAUGCUCUUACUUUAAAAACACUGACUCCUACACAAUGGGAAUCGCAGUCAAAGUAGUUCUAUCCCCUAUUCAUUCCAUAAAUAACUACACACCUGUAUGAUAAAACCUGCGUAUUUCUUUCUCGAGACAUGGUUCAUUAGUCUGAUCGAUUUCGUGAAGAUAUUGCGGAAGUAUAUAUAUAUAUAUAUAUAUAU